CACUCCGCAGUCGUCGCCAUUAUUGCUUCGCUGUGCCUGUGCUAGCUCGAUCCUCCUCGCUCUCUUCACUGGAGUGUCAAGAUAUAUACAUCGACCUCAAGAUAUAUACAUAUAUAUAUAUAUAUAGCAGUGUUACUUAGUGUUACUACUAUACCAUCAUAUCGAUAGACGAUCAGCUAGCUAGCUGGCCGGGGUUAUCUAGCUACAUGGGCGGUGGCUCGCCGUGCGCGUCGUGCAAGCUGCUCCGGCGGCGGUGCACCAAGGACUGCAUCUUCGCGCCAUUCUUCCCGGCCGACGACCCCCACAAGUUCGCCAUCGUCCACAGGGUCUUCGGCGCCAGCAACGUCUCCAAGAUGCUCCAGGAGCUCCCGGUGCAGCAGCGCGGCGACGCGGUGAGCAGCCUGGUGUACGAGGCGAACGCGCGGAUGCGGGACCCCGUGUACGGCUGCGUCGGGGCCAUCUCCUUCCUGCAGAACCAGGUGUCGCAGCUGCAGAUGCAGCUCGCCGUCGCGCAGGCCGAGAUCCUCUGCAUCCAGAUGCAGCGCCGGGACGACGGCGCCGGCCCCGACGUCGACGUGGUGGUCCCGCCGCCGUCGCUCGUCGCGGCGGCGGCGGCGGCCGGCGCCAGCCACCACCACCAAAUGACGGUGGAAAUGCAGCAGCAGGCGAUGGCCACCGACGACGACGUGGACGCCUUCCUCAUGCAGAACGCCGGCGCCGGAGCCAUCCCGCCGCAGCUCAUGUGCUACGGCGGCGCCGCGUCGGCACUCAAGAGGGAGUCUCUGUGGACGUAGGCGUAGCUACUAGCUAGAGCUAGCACGCUACUAGCCGCCCCACAGAUUAAGUCAACUCUGCAUGUGUGUGUACGUGGUAGGCCAGGAGCACUACGCAGCCAGUGGCAGCGCGCCUAGCUAAUUUAGCUUGUUUGCUUCACUUCUUUGCGUGUAGCUAGGGCUAGCUUAGUUAGGUUAUUAGGCUUGUUAAUUAAUUAGUUAGCGACUCCUUUCCUCUAUUUCCAUUUCCUCCUUUUGAAUCAUGACCUCUCUUUUUGUUUCAUUGCUUAGUUCAUGAAUGUGCUGUGUUCUUAUCAUCAAUCUUCUGAUCGAAUGAAGUGGCGAGUUGGGCCGGGGAUCA